AUGGGCCAAGUACCGUCUUAUUUUGUUCAUAUCAAUAAUGACUUUUGCGAUGGUACCUGCUCUAAUAUUCAACAGUGCCAGGCAAUUUACACGGCAAAGUCGGACCUUAUCAAAUUGGUCCCAGAAGACUAUUACUGCACUCUCAGUAAUGAAGCCAAGUCUGGAUUUAUCGCGCUAGCAGUCGCCAUUUUUAUGAUCUUGGUCAUCGUUCUCUUCGUAUGCGUACAGGAUAGAUGCAUCCGCAUUGAUUCCGUUGCCCCGCAUAAGGAAUACGACGAAGAAAGGGAAAAGAGUGGCGGCUGGUUUUUUCAACCUGAAUUCGCCAAACUCGAAGAGCCAGUUGAAGUCAUCGAAACUGUCUUUCCCUCAUUUCCCAGCAAGCCUCCUCCAACAGAGGAAACAGCAACAGGCUCGACGACACCAGAAAUAACUUUUGAAACGCAAAAAGUUUAUCCUAAAUUGAGUUAUGUAAUCAAAGAGAGUCCGCAGAAAGCACCGAUUUCUCUCGAUGAAGAUCUUGCACCCAUUUCCGACAUUUAUGAAAAAAUGACAACGACUACCACGUCCGAGUCAGAUUCCGAUCUUUAUGCGACUCCGAGAAAAGUGGGUAAGAUUCCGCAUAUUGAGGAGAACACACUCUGCCCAACCGAUUUCGAAAGCUUUGAAACUUAUCAUUAG